UAUGCUCCAGUUGACACUUCUAUAUAAAUCAGCCGAACAGAUAAUUUUUAUACUGUUAUAAUUAUACCUUCAAAAUGACUAAACAAGUGAAACUAAGUGAUUUUGAUGUCUCCGAGACAACUGGCUUUGUUGCAACUAAACCACCUCUCAGAAAACUGCCAGGAGAGUAUUUCUCAUCUUGGGAAGACACUUGCACCAAGAUUCCAGCGCUCAUCGAGAACAAGGAACUCCGAGCAAAGAUCGAUGCAUUACCAGAGAGACAGUUCAAUAAAGAAACCCUAGAGUCUGAGGAGGAAUGGAAAAGAGCUUACGUCUUAUUAACGUUCUUGAGUCAAUCCUACAUCUGGGCAGAGGGUGAAGCUGGAGUCAUUGACACCCUUCCAAAAAAACUGGCUGUACCUUGGUAUGCUGUGUCUGAGCAUCUUGCGAUGAAACCAGUUGCUACAUAUGCAUCUGUUAUACUCUACAACUACAGUCUGCGAGAUCCUAAAGGAGGAAUGACUGCUGACAAUUUGGUGGCUGUUUCUACCUUUACAGGAACAAAAGAUGAAUCAUGGUUCUACAUGGUUCAUGUGCUUGUUGAGCUUGCUGCUGUUUCUGGGCUGAAGGCUAUAGAAGGUGCUUUCGAGGCAAUGAAAAUGCAGAAAAAUGAAAAACUGAAAAAUGAGCUUCAAAAAAUUGAAAAGGCAAUUGACAAUAUGCGGAAAACUUUGCAAAAUAUGUACAACAAAUGUGAUGCAGAAGUGUACUAUUGCAAGGUUCGUCAUUUUCUUUCUGGUGCACAGGGUAACCCUGCAUUUCCUAAUGGAGUAAUUUACGAAGGUGUGGACAACAAACCUCAUUUUUACAAUGGAGGGUCGGCUGCUCAAUCAAGUAGCAUUCCCUCGUUUGAUGCAUUGCUAGGAGCCAAGCACCCUGGGCCUGAAAAAGAUCCAACAUUCAUGAGGAAGAUGCGUGAGUAUCAACCAAGGAAACACCGAGACUUUCUCGUUGCUAUUGAUACCCAACCAUCGUUGAGAGAGUACAUAAAAAAAUCUCAAAAUUCUGAAUUGAUCAAAAAAUACAAUUCUGCACUGGAAUCUCUUAUAAAGUUUCGACGCAGCCACAUGCGACUUAUUGAUAUUUAUAUCAUUGAACAGAGCAGGAAAUGUAGGGCCACAGAGGCUACUGGAACGCAUGGUACUUCGGUGGACCCUGGUAAAGAUGAGACGGCUGUUGGUAUACCAGUGAAGGCCUUGGCAUUUACUGGAGCUGGUGGGACUCCAGUGGAAACAUUCCUGAAACAAGUUAAAGAUAGUACUGAGUCAAUAAAGAUACCACUACCAGUAUUUUAGACUACUAGUUAAAUUAUCAUUAGUGAAUACAUGUACAUAUUAUAAUUAUUUAUUUCCAUUG